CGGUGAUACCUCAGAAAUAUUUGUGUUUUACCGUUUUGGGAGAUUCAUCCAAUUGGAUCGGGUUUUUUUCUUCAUUUUUUCUCAUUUUUCUGAGUGCACUUGUUUCUUCAUCUCCAAAACAAUUACCACCAACAAGUCUGGACUUGGUUUAGCCGAUGAAAUAUUGGGCUUGUUUUGCCUGCAAUUCUUUACUGUAGAAUGCAGUCGUCUUUGCCAGGAACAGUCCCUCGAAUGAUGCGACCAGCGCCUGGACAAAACUAUCCCCGCACGGGCUUCCCUUUAGAAGUGUCAACUCCCCUGGGUCAAGGUCGGGUGAACCAACUUGGUGGAGUAUUCAUCAACGGAAGGCCCCUGCCAAAUCAUAUCCGACACAAGAUAGUGGAGAUGGCCCACAACGGCAUCCGUCCCUGCGUGAUCUCUCGACAGCUACGAGUUUCCCACGGUUGCGUGUCCAAAAUUCUUUGUCGGUAUCAAGAAACUGGUUCCAUCCGACCCGGGGCAAUAGGAGGAAGCAAACCCAGACAGGUAGCAACGCCUGAUGUGGAGAAACGGAUUGAGGAGUACAAGCGCGAGAACCCCGGAAUGUUCAGCUGGGAGAUCCGAGACAAGCUACUGAAGGACGGGGUGUGUGACAGAAGCACAGUUCCUUCAGGUGAGGCCUCAUCUGUGAGUUCAAUUAGUCGUGUUCUGAGAACUCGAUUUGGGAAGAAAGAUGACGAAGACGAUUGUGAUAAGAAGGAUGAAGACGGAGAGAAGAAAACCAAACACAGCAUCGAUGGCAUUCUCGGCGAUAAAGGUAGCCGGAUGGACGACGCCUCGGAUGUGGAGUCUGAGCCGGACCUGCCCCUGAAGAGGAAACAGAGGCGCAGUCGCAUCACCUUCACGGCCGAACAGCUAGAGGAGCUGGAGAAGGCCUUUGAUAGGACACACUACCCUGACAUCUACACCAGAGAAGAGCUUGCCCAGAGGACCAAGCUCACAGAGGCCCGUGUACAGGUGUGGUUCAGCAAUCGACGGGCCAGGUGGCGUAAGCAAGCGGGAGCCAAUCAGCUGGCGGCGUUCAAUCACCUGUUGCCGGGCGGAUUCCCAGGCAGUGGCAUGCCCACGCUACCCACCUACCAGCUCCAAGAUUCUGGCUACGGCACAAGCACGCAUUCACAAGACGGUAGUAGCACGCUUCACCGCCCCCAGCCGUUACCGCCGUCCACCAUUCACCAGGGAGGGCUGUCGGUCGGGGACAGUAGCUCGGCCUACGGCCUGUCAUCCAACCGCCACGGCUUCUCCAGCUGCUCCGACUCCUUCAUGAGCCCCUCGGCGCCCAGCUACCACACGGACACCGUCAUCAACAGCCUCUCCCCACAGGUGAUGAGCAUCAAAAGUAACCUCAACAGUGUGCCCUCGCAGACUCAGCAUGACUUCUCCAUCUCGCCCCUCCACGGUAGCCUAGAGUCAUCCAACUCCAUCUCGGCCAGCUGCAGCCAGCGCUCCUCAGACCAGUCCAUCAAGACUGUGGACAGCAUGGCCUCCUCCCAUUCCUACUACACGCCCACCUACAGCACGAGCAGCUACAGUGUGGACCCCGUCACGACCGGCUACCAGUACAGCCAAUACGGACAGAGUGAGUAG